UUUCCACAACACUACACCAAAAUUCUCUCAUUUACGAACAUGGGGCCUGGAUUGUUCUCUGAUAUUGGCAAAAAGUCCAAAGAUCUGUUGACGAAGGACUAUAUCUCUGAUCACAAAUUGUCAAUCUCUACUUACAGCGAUACAGGAGUGGCCCUUACAUCAACUGCAGUGAAGAAAGGAGGGCUUUCAACUGGAGAUGUAGGAGCGCAGUACAAAUAUAAGAACACUUUGAUUGAUGUCAAAGUUGAUACAGGAUCAAAUAUUUCAACAACUCUUACUUUGACUGACAUUGUCCCAUCAACAAAAACCAUUGCCUCUCUGAAAUUCCCUGACUACAGUUCUGGCAAGCUAGAGACUCAGUACUUUCAUCAUCAUGCAACCUUCACCACAGCUGUUGCUCUGAAACAGUCCCCUGCAGUUGAUCUUUCAAUCACGCUUGGUACUCCAACUUUUGCUCUUGGUGCAGAGGCAAGUUAUGAGACUGGAACAAGUAAACUAAUAAAGUAUACUGCUGGCAUUAGCGUGACAAAACCAGAUUCUUGUGCUGCUAUAAUCUUAGGGGACAAAGGGGACACGAUAAAGGCAUCCUACAUACAUCAUCUGGAUUCACUGAAGAAGAGUGCUGCUACAGGUGAAAUCACUAGACGGUUCUCCACAAAUGAGAACACAUUUACAGUUGGAGGGUCCUAUGCUGUUGAUAACCUGACAAUUGUGAAAGUCAAGCUCAAUAAUCAUGGAAAUUUGGGGGCUGUCUUGCAACAUGAGGUGAUUCCAAAGUCGUUGCUGACCAUUUCUAGUGAGUUCGACACCAAGGCCUUGGAUAAGACUCCCAGGUUUGGUGUGGCCCUAGCUCUUAAGCCUUGAUAGCACUUUGUAGCCUGCAUUCGUGAACUCAUACUCAGGAAAUUUUUUGGGGUAGCACGCGAGAGGAGACACUCAAUAAGUAGUUCAUAGACAUUGUUUUUUGCCAGAAUGGAUAGAUUCUUAUAGGUGGUUCCAAAAGUAGACCAGUUUGUGGCAUUUCACAAUUUUCUAUUGUCUUUCACCA